AUGAAGAGGGGUUUCCUGAGGGGAGAGCGUGUGGUGGAUCCGAGGUGUGUUUGCUGGUGGCUGCAGACCUGCCGCCCUCUUUCCUCCCCAUGCGGGCGCUUUCCCCCAGAGGCUCUGAGUCCUGGUUGCUCCUACUGCGGGAUGGAGACGCAUGCUUUCUGGCUAGUGCAACUUUUCCUUUUCGUGCUGUGGGUUAAUGGUCUAAUGACACUUGGAUUUACAGGUGCACAUCAACAAGUGAUUGUCUGCAAUGAAUCGCUCAUGUUAGAAAAGUUGCCCAGAUGUGGAAAAUCCUUUGAAGAGAUGAUGAAGAAAGUGGACUCUAAAAAAUGGUGCAACCUAACAGAAUUUAUCCCGUAUUACGACAACUUCAGCCUCUGCACAGAACGGGAAGCCAUCGCCGCGAGAUGCUUUUGGCCAAACCGACUCGCACAGGGCUUCAUCAUUGGAAUUCAUAAACAAUUCUUUUCAAACUGUACAUCAGAAAAGGUCCACUGGGAAGAUCCACCGGAUGAAAUUCUCAUAACUCUGAUCUUAAUCCCAGUAUUUCUGAUGGUUACCAUGAUAUCUCUAGUGGUGUGGUGCAGUAAGAGAAGUGACAUUCUAGUGUAAGUCAUGCCUCCUGGCUUUUCUCAUCCCAUUCCUCUCUCUCUCUCUCUUUUUUUUUUUUUUUUUUUUGGUAACGAAAAGAAGAAUCAGAAAUAUCAGAUCUGCUGUGUUCUAACCUGUCAGGUACUAUGGGAGGAAACUGUCCUGUACUCAGAGAAGCAUUCUGCC